CCCACCAACAACAAGAUGCUAAAAUUGUUGCUGUCGCUGCUUUUGCUGUGCACUUUGGCCUCGGCACGUCCCGGCUAUUUGCAUGGCCACCACCACCACUAUCCGGAGUAUCCACUCUUGGCCCACCACCACGUUGAGCCACUGCAUGUGGCCAAAAUUGUGCAUGUGCCGGCGGCUGUUUCGCAUCAGAGCUCCACGGUGGUGCACAGUGUACCGCAUCACAUUAUCAAGCCAGUGGUGCUGCCAACGGUGAUUAAGACUGUGGUGCAUCCGCCCAUUAUUAAGGCUUAUCAUCCAGCGCCCAUUAUCAAGGCUUAUCAUCCCUAUGAUCCUUAUCAUUUGCAUCAUCAUCAUGACUUCCAUGACUAUCAUCAUUAUCAUUAAAAGGCUGCCACUUGAAAUGUCAUCCGCCACUCUAUACUCCCACCACCACCAAUAGCACCACUCAACCACUCAACCACCCAACACGAUCUAAGGAUUGCCUGCUGACUUGCUGUGUAUGUAUGUGUGUGUACACUUGUUGUCCAGAAGCUCGACAAAAUAUGUAUAAAAAUGCGUUUAAAAUAUCUAAAUAUAAACUAAAUAAAUCUGUAUAAAAUUACAACUAAUUGUGUUUGUCUUAAUAAAUCUGUAUAAAAUUA